ACCAGAUUGCGAAGUGACGCGGUCUCUUCAUCCACUGCCCGUGACGUCACACGCUGGGAUAACCGAAGAUGGCGACUACCCGGACGCUUCUCUUUCGUCGCAUCUCCGCCGCCCUCCUCGUCCUGCUGCUCGGCCUGCUGGGCAGCUGCGAGGAGCAGGUGCCGCUCGUCUUGUGGACGCACCAAUGGACCCCCCAAGCAAACCAACCCCUCCCUGCAGCGGGUCAAAUUGUGGAGCAGCAGCAACUCACCGGUUACCUGGACAAAACUCUCCACACCGGCCCCCGAAAUGUUCUGCUGUUUCUUCAGGACAAGAUGAGCGUGGAGGAUUUCACACUGUAUGGAGGAGUUUUUGGAAAUAAGCAGGACAGCGUUUUCCCCAACCUGGAGAGUGCUCUGAGGUCAUCGUCCUCCUCCCUGGUGCUUCCGACCGUGUCCUGGCCGGGCUCCAAUGCAGUGAUGGGUCUCCUGCAAGAGCAAUUGGAAACCUCCCCUUUAUACAUGGACCCCGACACGCUGAGUCAGCUCACACUCAACUCCUCCUCGCCGGCACUGCUCGUCUUCCGACUGCCCUACUAUAUCGGGUCAGAUCUAAUGUCUGCCAAAGAAGUUCUCAGCGGCAACGACGAGGUGAUUGGCCAGGUUGUGAGUGUCAUGAAGAGCCAGUCUGUUCCCUACACGGCCAUCUACACCGCCUUGCGCCCCUCUAGGGGGUCACCGUCGCUCUCCAUGGAGGCGGCGCUGUUGGGCGGCCGCUCACUGCUGCAGGCCAGAGGCGGCUACAGAGAUCGGGAGCGAGAGCGCGAGAGGCAGCGCAAAAUGAAGGAGAAGGCUGGCGUCUACGCUCCAGUGGAGUUUAAGGAGGGUGAGAGCAGCUGCAUCCUCUUGUGGGCUAAAGGUCUGUCAGUCAGCAUCCUUCGCAGCGGCCGCUGGGAGUCACACGACCUCACCCCGUCCACCUUCGGUGAGGGCGUCAGUCCAAAGCUGCACGGUUCCAGUUGCGACAAAACCAAAGCAAGACUGGCCCUUAAUUACGAGAACAUUCUUGGACACCGCGACUUCAAACUGAUCUUUGCGAUGAGCCAGCGCCACUACACAGUGUCGGCCCGUCGCUGGUUCACGCUGGACGCCAUCGAGUUGGAGUACGACGGCACCAAAGCGACGUUUAAUGGCAGCAGGAACAUUUACGCCCCCGCUGAGUACUCAUACCGCUGCAAGUCCGUCAGCAGCUUCCAGUGGCCACAGCUCGUCCCGCAUUCAUCCAAAGAUCCGGCCAAUCAGUGGAGGGUUGCGUUUGAAGACUUCCAAAUUCAAGGCUUCAAUGUGAGUGGCAGCAAAUUCUCGUACGCCUCAGACUGCGCCGGUUUCUUCUCGCCGGGGAUCUGGAUGGGCUUGAUGACCAGCCUCCUCAUGGUUCUAGUGCUCACCUACGGCCUUCACAUGAUCAUGCAGCUCCAUACCAUGGACCGCUUUGACGACCCCAAAGGCCCAGCUAUCUCUGUGCCACAGACGGAUUAGGCUUCCCAUCCAUCUACACACCUACCUUGUUACCAUGCUCUUGUUUUUCCAUCGACCCACACAAUAGCAUGUCCCUGCUUCUGUAUUUCACAGGAAUUCUUCCACCUUCCCCCUGCCUGCAUCUGUCUUUGGUUUGUGGUGUAAACUAAGGUCUGGUUCCCCCCCAAUCCUAAAUCUUUUUGUGCCCAAGUAAUCGUCAUUCUUGAGGGGAAAAAAAAGAUGUGCACAAAUUGAUGCUUGUUGGAGUAAUUUAGUCCCACACGGGGAAAGAAAUCUCGAAUGUGAAAUGUUAUUUAUUGGUGAAGGUGUUUGUGUGUGUGUGUGUUUUUUUUUUCUUCACCGAAGGGAAUACAUAUUGUCGUUAGAAGGGAAGAAUGUUUAUGAUGUCAACUGCUUUCAUGUUGUUGGAUGACUGAAGUGAAGGUGCUGUAAUGUCAGUAAAAGUGUCUCUGGAAUAAAAUUAGACAUGUAUGAUAUAAUUUCUUAGUCUAAUAAGACCCAAUGUGCAUUCAUCGUCAAUACUGGUAUGUGUAAAAACUAAACAAUAAUAAAUGAGCUUUCCCUUGUCUA